AGAGAGAAACAAGAACAGCAGACAGAAAGAUUUUCUCGCACACACGUUGCGCAAGCCGGCACAACAUUGGCGCAACCGUACAAGAACCCAGAGCACAAAGCCAUGACCUCCUGCUACCUCUUCCUCCACGUGGAGGAGUUGAAGACCGAAGUUGCUGGUCACAACGCGUCGACUCCAUCCAGUUCCUCCUCCAAACUGAAUACGACCGCUUGUGCCAACCGAGCUACAGCAGGCUCCUUCAGCACCACACACAACUCUCCCGCACUGGUCCCGUACGUCCGUGCUCAGUUGCUCGGCGACGUGAUUUAUGCAUUGCAAAGGUAUCGGACUACCUAGUAUAUGCAUAAAUCUCGUGAAGACAAAUUUCCCCCGAAUGGAAAAUGGAAUUUGUCAUGCUGAUUUGCCUUGAGAACCAGAUUUGUCAUGCGUAUCCGCGAUUAGUACGGGUACGAUGCUUUUGCAUUUGAUAUGAUUCAGUCGACGUUGAUCCCAAGCACCAAAAUCCUGCAGUUCCGCAUCCACAACCCAGAGCAGGAUGUUUUGAAAUUCACCGUGCACGACGACCAAAGCACAGAAGACAAUGACGGCGCAGUGAUUGGGCAUUUGACCCUUCCGCUGCGCUGCAUCACGGACAAGCCGGUGGAUAUUUGGAGAGUCGAUUACCAGUUAGAAACAACGAACUCAACAUCGGGUGGUGGUGGAGCAUUUUCAACGUCAAAAGGUGGAGGAGCGUCUAGUACUUGUUCAUCCAGAUCGCUGCAAUUGGUCAUCCAAUAUCUCCCGAGGGACUACAUUUCGGAAUACAGAAACACGGUUAUAGGGUUUAGCGCAGGAAAUCUUGUUGGCAACAACAUUGGGACGGCGCCGGGGAGUAGUACAAGUACUACUUCUUCUAUCAACGCGACAAGUUUUGAACGAACCUUGGAGGAAUUGAGGAAACAUUUCCGGGAAAAAGUAACGACCACUGGCGGCGGUGGAUCAUCUGGUCGUGGAACAUUCUCCUCGUCAACUGCUAGAACAUCAAAUGGUGCCGCAACUUCUACAACCUCGCUCUCCGCCAAAAUUGCUUCCACCAUCGCUGCGAGUAAAGUCAGCACGGACGUUAUCGUAAGAAAAAACUGUUUCACUGUAAGGAUGUUGCAAGUUGUUUUGCAUUUACAAGUUCGCUACACAUUACAAAGAAAACUUGCCAUGCAAGGAUCCUAAGGGAAAACAUCGCUGAAAAUCGCUUGUCUUGCAUGUGUAGCAAGACAAAGAGUUCACUGAUGCAUUUUCUGCAUCACAAGUUCACAGUGAAAAAGUUUUUUCUUGCGAUAGACGUACCCGCCUCGAGUUUGGUGUCCAAAGACACGAAUCCGGUCAGCUCGCCGUCCUACGACCAGUAUCUUUCUGCGAUGGAUGAUGUCGAGGCAAACGCGGUCACGAAAGCCUAUUCGGGCGGGGCACAGGCACAGCAUCUGCAAAUAAAGCCGACAAAGCUCCUCCCACUUCCGGGGACGACGACCGGCAAACCAUCUGGCACAGCAAACGCUAUACCAUCAUCAUCAAGAAACGCUUCCAGAAACGCGAGUCCGAGUAACCAUGCAGCGAAGUCGAGGGCAGGUUUAGGUGUAGCUGCCGGUGUAUCAAAUGCAAAAAUGUCUGGGUCUGGAAGAUUCCGAGAUUUGUCAUGCAGUUUUUCAAGCUCCGCCAGGUCUGGAAUGCAGGGCCUAGCAUCACAGGUUCUGCAGCCCCUUGGUGAUGCCUAUUCUGCAUGAGAAAUGCCCUCUCAACAUGGCCAGAAGUGGGGACCUUUUGCAAGUCAUGCAACACAGAUUUUUGUAUGAUCCGCAACACGCAUCACAAGUUGCAUUCUUCCAGACCCAGACAUUUUUACAUUUGAUACGGUGUCUCGAGGAACGCCACACCGAAACACAACAUCAACAGCAGCUCCUACUUCGUGCAGAGGUCGCAGUCGCAGAAGUCAAUCACGACGGGGGCAAAUGUUAAGUCUACGACCAUACUGGCGUCAGAACAGCAAAGCGAAGCCGCAAUCCAGCAGCUAGAGGCCGAGGUGCAGAAACACCGGGCGGCUCUUCUCGAAGCGGGGUAUCAAAACCAAGAUUUAGUGCAGCAGAUUCAGGACUUGAACCAACAGCUCGACUUUGAGAUAUCCUGCGCAAAAGUAUCGCACUCGUACUAAUUCCAAUCAUGCAUGACAAACCUCCUUCCGAAGGUAAAACAGCAUGACAAAUUGCAUUUUUGCUUCUACAAAAAUUUGUCAUGCAAUUUCUACGUUGUACGAUACUUUUGCAAUGCAUAUGAGACCAGUAACAGCAAAGUCAUCAUCGAGUCCCAAACGAAAACCAUUCUGGUAUGACGUUCUCAAACGUUACGUUCUCAACUGUUGCAUGGAUUUGUCAUGCAAAAAUACCAUAAGCAACCACACGGCCAAGCGGCUGCGCAUGACAAAUUCUCGAAGGGCUAAACAGCAUCUGGGUCUGUGCCAAAUCUGUAAUGCAAAAGCUGAAUAGAUGCUUCCUUUCACUUUCGCUGUUCUUGCAUCACAAAUUCAUGUAACAGUUGAGAGCGUAACGUUUGAGAACCCCAUAUCUGGAGAAAAAUUUCGUGAUCAAAGACCUGGAGGAGAACGUGGUCCAAACGAUGAAGUAUGCAUUGUAAAAGUGUUGCGCUCGCAGUAUUUGCAGCAAUGCAUGACAAAUGGAAUUUGCUACCUCCGAAAGCAUGACAAGUUGCAGAUUCGUUCUGGAGAAAAUUUGUCAUGCAAUUCCUGCUACCGCAAUACUUUUGCAAUGCAUAUGAAGGAGCAAGAGAAUAAUCUGCUAACGGAAACCAUCCCCGGAUUAGAGGAGAAGAUCCGGAUUCUCCAGGAGGAGAACAAAACUCACAAGUCCUUCACGAAUGACAACCAAGUGAAGCAGAUGAGACUCGAAAAUGAGGAGAACCAGAAGAAGAUCAUAAGUUUCCGGAAGUUCGUGGAUGAAACAAACGAGAAGUGUAUCAAACAAAAAAGUGUUAACGUUAUAUUGCAAAUAUGCAUGACAAAUUCUGCCUAGUAUGCAUUCUAUGCAUGACAAACUUGAACGCGCUUUGUGAUGCAUUACUGCAUGACAAAUUCCGUCAUACGUCAACACUUUUUCCUGUGAUAAAGUGCGGCGAGCUGGUGGGGAAAAAUCAGAAUCUGCUGGACGAGAUUUCGCUGAAGGAGAAGGAAUUUUUCCUGGAAAAGCAGAACUUUAACACAAACUUGCUCGAGUUGAAACAUCUGCUGAAAGAGGAAAAAAUAAAAAGCGAGGCGGCGAAAAAGGAACUGACGGAUGUGGAGAGCGAGGUAUCUACGUUGAUUGAAAAACAGUAGGAACGAGCACGACAGCACAGUAAGCAUGGAUACUGUAAUGCGAGAAGUACAAUGACCUCUGUGCCUCUGAUGUUCUUCCUGCACUUUUUGCAAUGUUUGUUUUUAUCCUACGUUGCCACGGUGCUAAUAGUAAUACCAACUUCAAGGUAGAAAAAGCCUAAAAAACUUGUACCAACAGCUCCACUUCACGCGGCAGCGCAAUUUAGAGCUGGAAGCGGAAAAAGAAGCGCAGCGAACCAUUGCAGCGAACACGGUUUUGGAGGUGGAGAAGUUGCGGGGACUGUUAGCGGGGAAGGCGGAAGAAGUGGAUGCGAAAGAGGAAUCGAUUCUCGCCUUGGAGAAACAGCAGUCUAUCCUGGAGCUGUCGAUAAGGAAACUGGAAGCAGAUAACGAGCAGUAUAGACAGAGGGAAAGGGGUUUAGACGCGGGCAGGGCGAAGGAGGAAAUGAGUAAUUUAAGUAUUUACAACUUAGGAUGAUCUACUUUUGCUAUAGCUUUUCUCAUGCGUACCUCUGUACAAGUCUAUCCCGAUGCCGCCGCGAGUGUUGUAUCUAUUGGACGAUCACAAUUAUAAUUUUUGGAUUUACCAGCCUCCGCCCUGGACCAGCACCAAUUAUCCUGUGCAAAAGUAUCGUAUUCGUAUAAAUGCAUUGCAAAUUUUCGCAGCAUGAGAAAUAAAAUUUGUGAUGCGGAUUUACCUCAAGAAAAAGAUUUGUAAUGCAAGACUUGCAUUUACACGAGUCCGAGUGCGAUACUUUUGCACAGGAUACCAAUCGCAGUGGAACAAGGUUUCGAACGAGUACGUAGCGGAUAUGGCGCUCUCAACUGUAGUUACAUUCUAAACUUUUACAUAAAUUUGUGAUGCAGGAAUGGCAAAAGUGAAGGGGGUGACCUUGCACGUCUCGCAUGACAGAUUCGGCACAGAUCAUAAUGAUCUGUGACGUGUUUUAUGAGAAUGACAUUCUCAGCCUGUUUAUUGGCUUUCCUAGAAUUUGUCUUGCGAAGCCGCCUGAUCACGUCGAUUCGGCUUGUAAUUUUGCAUGGCAAGAAGAAAUCAUGUAAGAGUUGAGAAUGUAACAUUUGAGAACGCUACAACGGAAUUGGAAGCGGAGAACAGCUUGCUAAAACAGCAAUUUGACCUCCUGCUCACCGAGCACAAGUCCUUCCUGGCGAAGACGGUUGAGAAGCAGGAAGAGAACGAGAAAAAGGCGAAGGAGACAGAGAAAACCGCGAAGGAGAAAGAUACGGAACUACUGAGAUUAAGAGUAUGCAGCGCAAAGGUAUCGUACUAGGCAGGAACCGCAUACGCAUUACAGAUGUUCUGAAGGACAAAAAAGCAAUUUGUCAUGCUAGUCCAGGUAGAGAGUUGCAUUUGUCAUGCAUGAUUGCAAUUACUACGAGUAGCAGUAGCUAGGCACGAUAUUUUUGCGAUGCAUAAAGAGAAACGAACAUUAAUUUGGAAAAACUAGAAUCGGAGUUCAACGAGGUGGUGAAGAAGCAGCAACUCCCCGACUUGCAGAAAAAGCUCAUCGACUUGAAGAACCAGUUGCAAUUUUCGCAGAGCUACUCGGACGAAUUAGUGAAGAAACUCAGGGACUCAAAUGCGAAAAACGACGAACUUCAGACGGAGUUGGAGUGCGAUAGGAAGAAAUUCGCUGUCGAAUUGCGGGAGAAGGACGGGAAUUGCAGUGAAAUCGGCUUGAAGUGUGCGGAUUUGGAAGACAAAUUGCAGCGGAGCAUGGCGAAGGUGCAGAUUGAUACGUGCCGCCAUCCUUUGUUGUCUGAGAUUGCAUAUAGUUGUUUUGGACUUUGUUUAUGGUUUCAUCGUCGAUAGAUACCCCCUGCCGCAGAAGUCUUCUCCUUCCCUUUUCUUUGCCUACGAACAUCAAAAAACUACUUAUUAGGUCCAACACCUCGUCUCGACCAAAUACACACCCCACCCGCACGACAUUAUCGACCAAACGCUCGCGAAGUGGAUCCAGGGCUUCGAGCCGGCGGUCCCGUUUUUCCGCGUCCAGCAGGGAGUUUACUUGUUUGGAAAACGGCAGGUCAACGUGCAGAUCAACAACGAGAAGCCGGUCUUCCGUGUGGGCGGCGGGUUUUUACCGUUCGAGCAAUUUGUGGAAAAAUUUGAACAGGAAGAAUUGGAGAAGUGGUUUUUGAACAAGGAGCAAGUGUUUGGAAAAAAUCUGCAGUAUCGGGAGCAGCUGGAGAACAUAAAAAUGCAGGACCACGCGAGCAACUACGUCGGAAGCUGUGGAGGUGAUCGUGAGGGAGACGAUAAUCAUGUCUACUUCUCCUACCCCGAAAAACACCAGCGCGAGUUCAUCACGGCGUCCCAGCAGCAUCCUGUGGGGGUUCUGCCUCCGGAAAUGGUAAACUACAGUGACGAGGAAGGAGGGGAAUACUAUGAGUAUGGCAGCAGGGAACAACUACACCAACACGGCGGCUUCUACGAAAGUGGAGGGCUUUUGGUGGAGUGACAUGUGGAGUUUCGCGAUGCUCCUUGAGAGCAGAUCGCAGGAGUUGGACCGCGGCCCACUACGAUCUUUACUAAAGACGCUUUUAGGCAAAUGCCCCAGGAGAGUUCUUGUAGAAUCAGAAAAGAAAUGGGACAAGGAUACUAGACAAAAAAAUGACUCGCACAAUAUUGUUGAUCAUACGAAUGGUACACCAUGAUCAUAAAAAUGAAUUAAUGACUUUGCUUUAUUUCGAAUUAUGUUUCACAUGUAUCACUACCUUCGAUAGUACUAUUCAACGCAAACAUCCAACGAGGGUAUACAUGGUAUAAUUAGGGAUAUCGUCACGAAGAAGGAGUCACACAAGACGACACGAGUCUCAGCGGAUGACUGUCAGACGACAUCACCUCGCUGAGGAAAAAAGUUGAAAAAUCGUAGUGACUGUAUAAUUGGGCAAUAGAUUCCAUGUAUGAUGUGGACGAUUUUUCGCUGCAUUCGUAAAAUGAAAAUCGACAAUGAAAAGGGAUAAGAGCAAAGACGUCCUCCGCUCAGGAGAUUUCUUGUGGACAGCAAGAACGCGAGGAAGGGUCUUGAGGAUCCGUUGUGCUCGUGGAGCCAAAGAAGUUGUUG